ACGAGUUGUAGUUUGAUGCAGCCAAACUGGACUGCUUAGCAUACUGGCUAAAUGUUCAACAAUUAAAUCCAUCCAAUUGGCACCUUAAACUGGUUUUUGAUCGUUUUUUGGUGACUGUCAGGGACAGUAUGAGUAGUCUGUGGAAGGCCACUGGUUCUUGACUGCACAAGUUAUUGCGUCAGGUUUUUUUUUUGGCGUGGAGAACCAUCCAGUUCGUGUGAAUACGUGAGCGUCCGGCGUGACGUGUUGUGACAGUAGAGGGGAUGGAUCCUCUCGGUGCUCGCUCUCAGUUUGUGGACAUUGAGACUCUCCUCACGUGGCAGCAGCAGCUGGAUGAGGGGCUUCCACAGGACUCCACCGACAGCCCAAACAGCCCACACGUCUUCCCCUCACCCUUCCCCUUCAGACCGGACAUCAACCAGAAGAUCAUCCUCUUUACUGGUGAUGUCCCCCUCCUCAACUGCACAGCCAUUGUCAACACAAGCAACGAGGCACUGAACGACAAGAAUCCAGUUUCUGACAGCAUCCAUCAGCUGGCAGGACCUGAGCUGAAAGAAGACCUGCUCAAACUCAAAGUAUGCCGGACAGGCGAGGUGAAGCUUACCAAGGGCUUCAACCUGGCGGCAAGAUUCAUCAUUCACACAGUGGGACCAAAGUACAAAGCAAAGUACAGGACGGCUGCUGAGAGCUCGCUGUACAGCUGCUACAGGAACAUUAUGCAGCUAGCAAUAGAGCAGUCGAUGGUGUCUGUUGGCCUGUGUGUGGUGAGCACAACCAAAAGGGGCUACCCACUGGAGGACGCUACGCACAUCGCUUUCAGAACGGUGCGCAGGUUCUUGGAAAAUCAUGGAAACAGCAUUGAGGCAGUGGUAUUUGCAGUGUCUGAUAUGGAAGAGGCAGUCUACAAGAAGUUACUACCUUUGUACUACCCUCGCUCUGUGGAAGAAGAGCGAGCCUGCCUGCCUCUCAUCCCUGGUGACGUCGGCAACUCUGAGGGUGAACCCGUCGUUCCUGAGAGGCAGAUCCGUAUCACAGAGAAACCAGGCAGCCUGGAAGAUGAAUCUGAGGAGGAGAGCCUGGAGUCAGAUCUGGGCCAGAUUGGGAGUCACGCCUUCGCUCGGAUGGAGGAUGAUGUGGACAAACAGCGCAAACUGAUCCUGCAGGGCCAGAUGUCAGAGGCAGCAAUACAGAAACAACACCAGCGGAAUUACAAUCGUUGGCUGUUUCGAGCGAGAGCAGAGGAUCUGUCAGACAUCGCAGCCCUGAAAGCCUUAUAUCAAACUGGUGUGGAUGUGUACGGCAGGACAGUGAUGGUUGUAGUUGGACGAAAUAUUCCAGUGACCCUCAUCGACCUUGAAAAGGCCUUGUUGUACUUCAUCCAUGUGAUGGACCACAUCACAGUGAAGGAGUAUGUGAUGGUUUACUUCCACACACUGACCGGUGAGCACAACCACCUGGACUCAGAGUUCCUCAAGAGCCUCUACCACAUCGUCGACAUCAAGUUUAAAAAGAACUUGAAGGCCUUCUACUUUGUACACCCAACAUUUCGUUCUAAGUUCUCAACGUGGCUGUUCACCACCUUCAGUGUGUCGGGGAUCAAGGAGAAGGUGCGCUAUCUCGAUAGUCUACAGCAGCUGUUCACCUGCGUCAGGCCUGAGCAGAUCGACAUCCCUCCUUUCGUUGUUGAAUAUGACAUGCGGAUGAAUGGGUCUUACUGCUCCUCCCAGUCUUCUGGUCUGUGAGAAGAGACCAGUCAGACAUCUGUGAUGAGAAGACAAAGUGAUGGGAGCUGUUCACAUAAAAGCCAGGAAAAACCACCCAGCGUGCUUUGACUUACAAUCUAAUCAAAGAACCAGAGCCAUACUGGAGGAACGCUGUUUAUGUUCUCUUCAAGCAAAAGUGGACAAAAGUGUCCACUGUCCAGAUGCAGUGUUCUCUGGUCCACGUGGACCAGUUGAUUCUCAUUCACCACAGACUUUGUGGACUAGUUGCCUUACGUUAAGAGUUCAUGUUGAGUGGCUUCCCUCUAGAUCUCUAAAUAUGAAACGGUCAAGUUUGAUACCUCCCUCACGUCUUGCACUUUUCAUAUGCUGGAAUAAGACCAUGGACAACAUCUGUUUGGACUUCCCGCCCUGUGUCAUUCUUUACAACACAAUGCUAAAUACUGAAGCUCUUAAACUCCAUUUAAACUCAACCCAUCGGAGCUGCUGGAACUCUGGACAUUGUGCAUAUAUCAAGGAUUAUAAAUACAUAAAGUAAAAAUUCAUGUCUGUUUCCACUUGGAGUCUCAACUCUAGUGUUCUAUUAUAUUUUGUAAAUCUUUGGAUUUUGGUGUGCAGGUGAAUGUUCCUACCAACCUUCUUCGGUGGUAAACCAAUGUGAACAUUGCUGGGUUUUUGUCUUUUGGGCUGAAGCUUCUUGCUGCCUGCACAUCUCAGAAGUCUUUUACCCAGCUUUACAUCAGCAGUCUGUAGAUGAUGUAUGAGGUCACACAUUGGGAACGUCCAAUAAUGUAUCAAAACAAAUACUGAUGUGGUAUCCCUACUUUAAAAAGAGUUUACAGUUUGUGUGCUUCAUUAUGUGGGGCUCAUUACGAGCAUUUGAUAUUUAUGGAUGUGUGGUAUGGAACACUUAAGCGCACAUCACCUGGACAUGGCCUGUGUUUUUUUUUUCUUCACCUGUUAUCUUGCCAAUGAAAACAUACUGACUUCAUCACACAAGAAAGCUUCUGUAAAAUGCAGAUGCUAAAUAUUAGCAGCUAAUAGAGCUGAAGCUAACUCGGGACGGUCACUGCUUCACAUUAACUUUUGUCACAGAUGUAAUAAAAUAUUUUUCACAC